AUGAUACCUGGCAAACGCCGAGCCGCAGCCAUGUCCCUCCCGGUGGCGAUAGUUGGAGCCCUAAUGCUGCAUACCGUCUCAUCGCAAAACGAGCCGUCAAUCGCAGCCUCAGAGCACACUUCACUCCCCGUGGAAGGCCACAGUCCCCCUUUCACUCUGCAAUGCAACCUGACCAACAGUGACAAUGCCCUCCAGGAGAGCUACUGGAUGAAAAAUGGGGAGGAGAUUCCAGAAACGCGCAGUCCUAAUAGGAACACAGAGUACAGGCUUAAUAAACCCAGGGGAGAUGAUGCUGGCGUGUAUAUGUGUGUCUUCACAUUUGGAAUGUCUCCUGCCGCCAACACCACCAUUGAAGUUAAAGCUGCUCCUGAGAUUACGGGCCACAAGCGUAGCGAGAAUAAGAACGAAGGCCAGCAAGCGUUGCUUUAUUGUAAGUCUGUAGGCUACCCUCAUCCUGUGUGGACCUGGCGCAAACUUGAAAACGGCAUUUAUAGGGAAAUUGACAACUCAUCUGGGCGCUUCUCCAUCAGCAGCAAAGACAAUUACACUGAGCUUAGCAUCACCAAUCUGGACAUAAAUUUGGACCCGGGCGAGUACCAGUGCAACGCCACCAAUUUGAUCGGUAGCAGUGACGAAAGCUCCGUUCUGAGAGUCCGCAGCCAUUUGGCCCCCUUAUGGCCUCUUUUGGGGGUGUUGGCUGAGAUCAUCAUCCUGAUUGUCAUCAUCGUCGUUUAUGAGAAGCGGAAGAAGCCUGAGGAUUUACAAGACGAUGAUGACCCAGCAGGACCAGUGAAAACCAAUUCAACCAACAACCACAAAGACAAGAACCUACGCCAGAGGAAUACAAAUUGA